CAGCCGGCGCAGCCCCCGCCUCCUCUCCCGUGGUCUUGCUUCGCUUUCUUUCCCCCCUCAGCCAUUUUAAACAGCGUGAGGCGGGCAGCGGACCGGCUCCAGUUGCGGGAGAGGAGGGAUUCGGUUACGGCAGCCAGGGACAGGAAAGAGUUCUCGCUCGUUUCCCCGCCCCACAUCACGAGUUACAAACGGUCUUUCCCAUCUUACUGUGGACUGAGCAACUUCUGAAGAGUUCUCAUUUCUCCUAGAAAAACUUAUUUCUAACAUUGCAGUGAUUACUCUAAAACUGAACCACCUAAACCUUCAUUCUGCUUUUGUCUGCGGCUGCUUCCACUUUUGCCUUGCAAAAAACUAAGGCACUUCGAAUCCCUGAACGACAGGAGACAGAAAGCCAUCCAUUAUGAAGCUUAAGCUAGGACUACGCAUCUUUCUCUUGCUUCCUGUGUACUUGUUGAUAAAUCUGUACAGUGCCCUUAUAUUCAUUCCGUGGUAUUUUCUUACAAAUGCUAAGAAGAAAAAAGCUAUGGCGAAGCGAUUAAAAGCUAAACCCAUCUCGGACAGUCCUGGAAGCCCAUACAGAGCCAUUUCACAUCUUGAGUCAUUAGCCACUAUAGACUUGCCUGGAGCAGACACUUUGGACAAAUUGUUUGACCAUGCUGUAGCAAAAUUUGGGAAAAAAGACUGUCUUGGAACAAGAGAGAUCCUGAGUGAGGAGAAUGAAAUACAGCCCCAUGGAAAAGUAUUUAAGAAGCUGAUCUUAGGAAACUAUAGGUGGCUAAACUAUGAGGAAACUAACCAGAAACUGAACAACUUUGGGAGUGGAUUAGUUGCACUUGGGCUAAAACCAAAGAGCACAGUUGCUAUUUUCUGCGAAACCCGAACUGAAUGGAUGAUUGCAGCACAAACCUGUUUUCGAUACAGCUUUCCUCUUGUUACUUUAUACGCGACCCUUGGAGAAGAUGCAGUAACCUAUGGACUGAACGAAUCUGGAGCAUCUUAUCUAAUCACUAGCACAGACCUUUUAGAAGGCAAACUCAAGAAUGUUUUGUCAGAAAUCCCCUGCCUCAGACAUAUCAUUUAUGUGGACAAGAAGACUAUCAAUAAGUCAGACUAUCCUGAAACACUAGAGAUCCUUAGCAUGCAAGCAGUAGAAGAACUGGGAGCCAAAUCAGAAAACUUAAAUAUCUCUCCAAGUCGACCUACUGCCACAGAUAUGGCCUUAGUAAUGUACACCAGUGGCUCCACUGGGAAACCUAAAGGAGUGAUGAUGAUGCAUAAAAACUUGAUAGCUGGAAUGACAGGGCAGUGUGAACGGAUACCAGGGUUGGGACCCAAGGACACAUACAUUGGCUAUUUGCCUCUGGCUCAUGUAUUAGAACUGACAGCAGAAAUUUCCUGUAUUACUUACGGCUGCAGGAUUGGAUAUUCCUCUCCUCUCACACUAUCAGACCAGUCAAGUAAAAUUAAAAAGGGAAGCAAAGGAGAUUGUUCUAUUUUGAAACCAACAUUGAUGGCAGCUGUGCCUGAAAUCAUGGACCGAAUUUAUAAGAAUGUUAUGAGCAAAGUUCAAGAGAUGAACUAUAUCCAGAAAACACUAUUCAAGAUAGGAUAUGACUAUAAAUUGGAACAAAUAAAAAGGGGUUAUGAUGCACCUCUAUGUAAUUUACUCUUAUUUAACAAGGUGAAAGCACUCCUAGGAGGAAAUGUACGCAUGAUGCUUUCAGGAGGAGCACCCCUUUCACCUCAAACACAAAGAUUCAUGAACAUUUGUUUCUGCUGUCCUGUUGGCCAAGGAUAUGGGUUAACAGAAACCUGUGGAGCAGGGACAAUUACUGAAGUUUCUGACUACAGCACUGGCAGAGUAGGGGCUCCUCUAAUCUGCUGUGAGAUUAAACUGAGAGACUGGCAAGAAGGAGGCUAUACGAACAGAGACCAGCCAAACCCUAGGGGAGAGAUUAUAAUUGGUGGGCCUAAUGUCUCAAUGGGAUACUUCAAAAAUGAAGAGAAAACAGCAGAAGAUUUCAUUGUUGAUGAAAAUGGUCAACAAUGGUUUUGCACUGGAGACAUUGGAGAGUUCCAUCCUGAUGGCUGUCUGCAGAUCAUAGAUCGCAAAAAAGAUUUGGUGAAGUUGCAGGCAGGAGAAUAUGUAUCACUGGGCAAAGUUGAGGCAGCUCUGAAAAACUGUCCACUUAUUGACAAUAUAUGUGCUUAUGCCAAAAGUGACCAAUCUUAUGUCAUCAGUUUUGUGGUUCCUAAUCAGAAGAAAUUAACUGCUCUUGCUGAACAGAAAGGUGCAACUGGCAGCUGGGUGGACAUCUGUAACAAUCCAACAAUGGAAUCUGAAGUCCUGAAAGAGAUUAAGCAGAUGGCUAACAAAAUGAAACUUGAAAGAUUUGAAAUACCAGUCAAAGUGCGGUUAAGCCCAGAGCCCUGGACUCCAGAGACUGGGCUAGUCACAGAUGCUUUCAAAUUGAAAAGGAAAGAGCUGAAGAACCAUUACCUCAACGACAUUGAGCGAAUGUAUGGCGGUAAAUAAUCUCCAGACAUCUCCAGUCAAGAUAUUGUGCAGGAUUCCUUCUAAAACAAAGCAACAAAUGUCAUUCCCCAAAUGCUGGCUAUAAUUAUAAAUGGAGAAGUUGCAUUUUGUGAAAUGCAUGAAAGCUACACUUCAUUUUUCAAGAAGGAACAGUACUGGCUUCCCGAACUGUACUUUCAAGAUGCUGUCCAAAUGACUGACUCACUGCCGUAGUUUCAUUUGAUCACUCCCAGUAAAGAAUGGUUGUGUCCAUAUGAAACUCCCUCACUGGGUAAACCAUUGUUUCUAUCUUUUUAUAUUCUGGCUUCCCUUACUCAUAAGGAAUUAAAUCAUCUUUAAUAAUUUCACUGAUGAUUUUCAAGUGGAGGAAAAAAUGAGCUUGUAUUUAAUUUAUGUGUUGUAUAUGGAAAAACUGAAGAAAGAGUAAGCAGAAUGAAGCUUAUACUUUCCAGAGUGCUGCUCAUAAAUCUGCAAUCUCAGGUCCUUUGGUAGAGAAAGUAGUUUCUUUUAACUUGACUGUCAUUAUGAAGAGCUAA